AUGGCGGCUGUGGGAGUCACAGCGCUGCGCCUCGGCGUGACGGGCUCCCGGGGGAGCUCGGCAAGCUUUAAGGGACAUGCUGACCCCGGCCGUGGGGACGGCGGCAGGGAGCCGCAAGCCCACAGACGCCGCUCAGGAAAUGGCGGGAAGGGACGCACCUGGGCGUGCAAAGCCCCGUCCACUCCCACCCGGAAACAGAAGCCGGAGGGUGGGAGGGGCGACUCCGCCCCGUCGGCCCGCCCCCGGUUUGAGGGUCCCGGCACCCCAAAGACAGAGCCUGUACUUACUCCCAGGUUCCCGGCAGCCCCGGAGGACCCGCAGCCCCCGUGGAGCGUCCCCUUCGCUCGGGCCAGCGAGCACCAGGGCGCCCCGGCCCGGCUGCUGACCUCCCUGGACGGCGAGCACGGCAGCCCGGCUGGGGUGUCGUCCGGCCUCGGGGGCCCAGGCACCCUCCCGGCCAUGAGCCCCGUCGGGCCCCGGGCGGUGAGCCCCGAGGAAGAGGCCCCGGGCUGCAAGCCGGCGGAGGACGCCUUCAGGGACAUCGCGCGGCACUUCUCCAAGGCGGAGUGGGCCGCCAUGGGGCGCUGGGAGAAGCUGCGCUACCGCAACCUGAAGAGGAACUACCAGGCGCUGCUCGCUCUAGGUCUCCGAGCCCCUCGGCCAGCUUUCAUGUGCCGCCGCAGGCUGGCCCUCAGGCCCCAGGGAGAGGACACUGAGGAUUCCGAUGAAGAAUGGACGCCGCGGCAGCAAGUCAAACAUCCAUGGGUGGUGACCUUCAGAGCAGAACAGAGUAAACACCAGAAGGGACUGUCCAGGGCUGCAGGAAGUAAUGAACCUAGUUUGCAGGUAACGUCAGGAAUAGCGGCUUUGCUGAACACCAGUGGCUCAGAGCGGGCCCAGAAACCAGUGAACCUUCCUAAAGAAGCAAAUACCUCUAGACAGCGCUCGAGACAAAAACUGCAACUGAGGAGAAAGAAGCCUGACGUGAAGACGUAUGCGCUGAGAGAGAGAAAGGGCCACGCGUACCAAGAGGUCAGCGAGCCCCAGGACGACGACUAUCUCUACUGCGAGAACUGUCAGAACUUCUUCGUUGACAGCUGUGCUACCCAUGGGCCCCCCACAUUCGUCAAAGACAAUGAGGUGGACAAGGGGCUUCCUGAGCGCUCAGCCCUCACCCUGCCCCCUGGGCUGAGGAUCGGGCCGUCGAGCAUCCCCAAGGCUGGGCUGGGAGUCUGGAACGACGCCUCUGACCUGCCACUGGGCCUGCAUUUUGGCCCUUAUGAGGGCCACGUCACAGAAGACGAAGAGGCUGCGAACAGCGGGUACUCCUGGCUGAUCACCAAAGGGAGAAACUGCUACGAGUAUGUGGAUGGAGAAGACAAGUCUCAGGCCAACUGGAUGAGGUAUGUGAACUGUGCCAGGGAUGAGGAGGAGCAGAACCUGGUGGCCUUCCAGUACCACAGGCAGAUAUUCUACCGCACCUGUCGGGUGGUGCGGCCGGGCCGUGAGUUGCUGGUCUGGUAUGGUGACGAGUACGGCCGGGAGCUGGGCAUCAAGUGGGGCAGCAACUGGAAGAGAGCGCGCUUGGCUGGGAGAGAACCAAAGCCAGAGAUCCAUCCAUGUCCCUCCUGUUCGCUGGCCUUCUCCACUGAGAAAUUCCUCAACCAACAUGUGCGACACCAUCUUCCUGCCCAGACCUUCUCAGGAACAUCUGUGAGAAAACACCGCCAAUCAGAGGAUCAUCAGAAUCGGCAGCAGCCACAUGCUGGUCCCCACAGCAUGAAUGAUGAACUUCAAAAACAAUGCAUCACAGAAAGGCCCAAACCUCUGCCUAAAAAGAUAAGGCAGAAGGUUCCAAAGGCCUUUUCCAACCUUCCUACUGGGCAAAAGCGGAGCUCUAGGGAGCAUGAGAAAGUGAUGGAGGAAGAGCCAAGCACAGACCAGAAAGAGAAUCCAAACACGGGCAGAUUCACUGGGGUAGGGCUGUCAAUAACUGUAACAGGCGAGUGCGGAGGGAGUGGGCGAGGCGUCCAUGAUCAGUCACACCUCAUCACACACCAGAGGACACACACAGGGGAGAAGCCCUNUGUCUGCAGGGAGUGUGGGCGAGGCUUCAGCCUGAAGUCUACCCUCAUCAGACACCAGAGGACACACACAGGGGAGAAGCCCUGUGUCUGCAGGGUGAGUUAUUACCAGUGAAUCACGUCUCAGGAGCCAGAGGACAAUUGCAGCCGCCACGCACUGCAAACUCCCUCUAGGGUGGGGCUGGGGGCUUCAGAGGAAGGCUACUGACCCUCCCCUCCCCAAGAGCCGAUCUAAAUAGACCUCCACUCUCAGUUCAGGAGAUGAGGACAGGCAGGCACUUCUGUGACAUGGCUGCCAAUCCCCUCCCUGGCUCUGUCUGCUUUGUCUCGUUGCUGCUAAUAAAUUUUGUCUCUGUACUAAUCUGACUCAGGCACAUACCUUGUCA